GUCAGGGAGGGAUCGGGUUUCUAUCUUUGUAUUCUUUGCAGGCUUCCUCACCUCGCUGCACGCAGGAAUCGGCGCCUUGGAGGCGAGUCCGCAGUUUUUCGGCGCUGGUUCCGGCAGGCUUUUCCCUUUUUUUUGGCUCCGCCUUCUACGGAGAUCUUUUCUGCAUCGAGUUUCACGCAGGGAAAUCUCUGUUCUCGCCGAACUUAUGCUUUAACCCCGUCCGGCAGACUCCGCUUCUAGCGCCGUGCAUCUGGACUGCGUUUCUCCGAAUACCAGACUGGUCAGGUUGCGUCUUUGCCCCUCUGUUCUCCCCGUUCACGGCACGUUUGUGGUUCUUCGCGAAUGCCAUCUUUGAUUUUCUAUAAAGGUGUUACCGAAUCGCCGACCAGAGGGUCUGCUGCCUGGCGGAAGUCGCCUUAAAGUCGAACUUUCCAGCAGCGAGGCAGGAAAACUCGCUGAUCGAAAGCGACAAACACCGUUUUUGGGUUCGCGCCGACUCGUGCAUGAACCUCCCGUGGGAAGCCUCUCUUUGCCGUGCACUUCCCACUCGGCAGAGACUUGUUCACGCCGCGUUGUUUGCCCAAAAGACUUUUUCCUCGUAGGCCCCUCUGCUUCUAAGUGCGGUGAAUCCCCAUCGCGUGCAGGGAAAGACACUCGGCCUUUGCUUUCCUAUUUAUCCGGUCGAACAAGGCCGAGCUCUUCUCCCUCUCUCCACCCCCAGCCUGGAGAGUCGCGUCCAGCAGCGUCCUUCUUCAGGCGUACGUACAGCUGGAACCAGACAGCGGUUCCUUCAGUCCUGCGGUGACAGACGUUCCGAGAGCCGUUCGACUUUUUGCUUGGAUUUGUGUCUCCCGUUCCGCGCCAUGUUUGUGUAGCACUCCUCAGCUAAAGGAGUCCCGCUCUGUCGACCACGAGCAGUGGAGUUGUGUGGAGACAGUCUCCUUUUAUCGUCUCGUUCUUCGCUUUCCGCUUCCCCUGGGCUUAUCGGGAGCUCAAGAGUCAAAAAACGAAGAUGGAGGCGAAUCACCGGAGCUCGGCGACGGGCGGGCGUCUCGCCGGCCCUUGCAUGCAUCACCGAGCCACAGAGAAGACAGACAGAAAGAAGGCCGAGGUGUCGCAACUCUUUUCUGAACGUCCUCUCGCGAGAAAGUUGAGUUUUUCGCCUUCUGUCGACGUCGAAACUGAACGCACAACUGCUGCGAGAGACUCUACGUCUCCUCCUUAUCUCGGCACCGCCUGCGACUGCCGAUCCCUGGGACGAGGCCGCCUGUUGUUGUUCAUGUCUUCUUCUGUGUCCUCAAGUUCGUCACAUUUGUCGUCCUCAGAUUCUCUCAUCUCGCCUUCGUCGACUGCUACUUCUCACUCUCUCGUGAAGAGCGCCCGCAAUCUGUCUGUUGACGCAGCAGCGGACGACUGUUUCGUUUCUCCGGUCUCUUCGUUAUGUCUGUCCUUCGUCGAAGCCUCGCGUUCUGGAGACCCGUCUUCUUCUUUGUGCACUCACACCUCUGUUUCCUCUAACGCGCGCAUCUCUUCCCGGUCAGCCGCAGACUCGCUCUCUGCCUCUCCAUCAGAGUCUCCGUCUGUCUCCUUCCUUGCGUCUUCUGCCCCUCCGGCGUUCUCCUUGGCCCGACUGUGUCGAGAGCUUGACGCGUCUGUCGACUCUGAGACGCUCUCGUCGCUGCCGACGCCAUCUUGCAGUUCUCUGCGCGCGCAAUCGCCUGCAGAACUCCUCUUCGGCCUCACGCGUCGCCGGUGGAGAGACACCCGAACGCGUCCUGGUUCUUUCUGCCCUGAGUCGCUUCUUUCUUCUCGCGGUGGAAGAACGAGGCCCCGCCAGGCAAGAGCACGCGAGCUGGUCGCGAGCAAGUACAGGGCAGAGCAAGGAGGAUUGGAGUCGUUCUGCUCUGUCUCCUCCAUUUCGGUGGCGACUGCUCCUCGGCUUCGACUGAAUUCGCGAGGAGACAGGCCUUGCCGUGGCGUUUCGUCCUCUCCUCAAGAGAAACACCUUGGUCAAACGGAGGUUCUUCCUCGCACCUUGAGAGACGCGUCUGCGUCGUUGAGGCGGAGUAACGAGGACGCAUCUUUUCGUCGAACAGUUCUCACUUCCGUUCUGCAAGCCAACAAAAAUGUCACUUCCUGUCUCCCUCCCUGUUAUCGUCUUUCUCGAGUUCUCCUCUUCUCCGUGGUUGCCUUCCUCCUCAUCUACGUCGCCUCCCUCUUCCGUGCGGCCCCCACGGCACCGGGUGUACGUACACUGGGCGAGGCCCCCCAGCUCCGCGCGUUUCACCCGCCUUUCGCCUUCAUGCCGACGCCGUCUUUGCUGUUUGCCAGUGCAGCACGGGACCCUGUACCUUCGUCCUCUUCUUCUGUUUCUUCUGUGGCGUUUAAGGCGAGGCCGGUGGCGCCUUACACCUACGAAGAGAUUUUGAAGGAACUAGGGGAGAUUCAGGAAACCUGCCGUUCUCUGGUGCGAGUCUCCGACUGGGGUCGCGAGUCGGGGCUCUCUGUCUUCAUGAGCCGAUUUUCUUGCGGAACUUCUGACGCGUGUCAACUGCCUCUUGUUGAGGUCGGAGACAUUGACUUUCUCUCUCCAGCUACGCCCACCGUCUUCUUCAGCGGCGCCGUUCACGGAGACGAACGCGCAGGACCGACUGCAGCUGUCGAGCUCGUCCGCUACUUGUGUGCAAGGUACCGACGAGAUGGCGAGGUCACCUUCUUGGUGCGGAACCGGCGAGUGCUCGUCAUGCCCUUUCCGAACGUCCUGGGCUUCGCCUGGAACUUCCGCGAGGAAGCUGGAGUCGACGUCAAUCGAGACUUCCCCUACCAAAGACAGUCCAGCCAGUGCUUCCAAUCUGUCGCGGCGCGAGCAAUCAACGAGGUAUUCCGAUCUCACCUGAUUCUCGGCGGCAUCACCUGGCACGGAGGCAUGCGCGCUGUCGCAUACCCUUGGGGCUCGUAUGACCAUUCUCAGCAGCUAGGAAGAGAUCGGUGGCAGUCGCGCGCUUCGCCAGAUGACGCGGCUUUCAAAUCCCUCGCCCGCGUGCUUCAGCGAGCUGGAGGCCUCGACAAGGAAAAUGGAGACUUCUACUACCCCACAGGGUCGAUGACGAACCUCGUCUAUCCCGUCAGUGGCGGAAUGGAGGACUGGGCCUACGGGGCUUCCUUCGAACCUUCGCCCGACCCCAUUUCUGUCUGCGAACCUGCUCCCUACGAGCUUCCCUCCGCUUCUCUCUCCAGUGCCUCUACAUCUGCUUCCUCCCCUUCCUCUUCUUCUCCUUCUUCUCCUUCUUCUCCUCCCUCUUCUCCUUCUUCGCCUUCAUCUCCUCCCUCGUCUCCUUCUCUUCGUUCGUUUCGGCACCUGUUCAGAGAGAGCACGAAGGCGCGCGCGCAGGGUAGCCGAGCUGCGAGAGAAGAGAAGAACCAGGAAGUCGAACACGCACAAGAAGAGACAGAAGAACAGACAAAAGACGAAGGAGAAGAAGCGUCUCGCGAGAGUCGCCGCCUGUCGGGUGCAGGCAGCAGGCGCGGUGGACACAAACUUCUUUUGCGAGGUGGAGGCGACGAGGAAGACGCGUGGUUGCCGAGGGGUGACGUUCGGGAACGAGACAGUGAAGAGGAAGUUGGGGAGAAUGGAACGGCUUCUGGAGCUGAAGAGAAACAGCGAGAAGGAGAGGUCGAACGGAGGGCGAAGAGCGGAACGGACAGCCUUCAAUCUUCUGAAGAGAGAUGGAAAAUCGACUACAAACAGGGGGCUAAGCGUUACGGAUACCCCGCCUCCAGAAGCGUCUACUCCACCCCAGAUGUUAGCUCGGCUCUCUUCUUAGUUGAAAUGCACGACAACAAAGCUCCUUCUCGCGUCUCGAUGGGUCCUCGCCCGGUGGAUCGCCCGAGCUUGCUUCUACCAGAGGAGGAAGAAGUGGAGACGGACGAAGACGGAGGCGCUGGCGAGAAGAACGACUUUUUGACCAUUAGAAAUGUCCGUCUCGCGUUGAAGUUCAUCGAGAAGGCAAAGCCGGACCUUCUCUUUACGUCGACCCCUCCUUUGUAUCAACCUCCAGGCGCUGUCUCCAUUUUUGCCUUCUACCCCAUCGGGUGCAAUGUGUUGAACGAUGUCGAACUCCAGAUCCGCAGAGGUCGCUGUGAAGAUCUCCUGACCGUCUCUCCUUCUUUUCCUUCUUCGGCCGCUUCUUCGUUUGUGCCGAUGGUGCCGGAGUUGCUGCCUGCGUGGCGGGAAGCCGAGAUGCUGGUUCGGGAGAAGGCGAAGACUUUGCCUGUGCGCUGUCGAGAAGCAGGUGUUUGGGAGCGGAGAGGCAGUGUCUCCGAGGACGCGGACUUGCCCCCAGCGGAGUUUGAGUGGUGGGGAGGCGGUGGCAACAAAGACAUUACGUUGAAUCAGGGCACUGCCGAGCAGAGGCGCAAUCGCGUUGAAAUUCAGUACAAAGUUCCGCCUGAAGCGUUGGACGGGGACUACUGCAGCGUCAUCUUCGCUUCCUUCGACCAGGAUUGGAAAUACCAGCAGAACCCAGAGCCAAAGAUGCCACCCCAGAGCCACAUUGCUCGUCUUCGACUCGAAAACUACCAAGCACGAUCGUCAGAAGGAAACGCCGUCAUCGUAGGACGGAAAACCUGGAUGUACCCUGCGUCUGUCCCUGCACUGUUUCCCGUGGUCGGCCCCGCGGGGUAUCCGCUGAUUGUUCGAGGAGACAACGUCGAAGGCUUUGCCCGCCUUGACUUUCCUCUCGCUGCGUUUCUGCCUUCCUCUGGGCUGAAGCCAAGACAGGACCGGCUUCGAAGAGACGCGUCGGCGUCCGUGCAGCUUUUCUUGAACUUGGGAGGAAACUUCAAUGAGGAACGCUUCCGCUACGAUCCUUUCACCGGCGCCUUCCGCCACCCGAGGGACAAGAACCACGCGCUGUCGAUUCGAAGAGUUGACGUCAGCGUCGGCCUCAGCCGUCCGCUCUCGAGCCUGCCGCCGGGGCGCUUCCUCUUCGCGGUAUUCGCGGACGGAGACCUUCUCCACCACGCUGUAGACCAGUUUCUCUUUCCGGCGUCCUCUCUCGCCUCUUCCUCGCCGUUCCCUCUCUCUUCUGUCUCCUCUGUCGGCGCCCUCUCGGGUCGUGGCUCCAUUGCAGAGCACUCACUUGCCUCCGCGUUGUUGCUGGGCGAGGUGCCGACGGGGCCGCUGGGCCGCUCUGAGCUCGAGAGGCUGCAGCAGACGCGCCUGGUGAACUUCGUCAAGAGGAAGGAACAGCAGAAAAUGAAUUCGCGUCGAUCCUCGCGGCUCUCGUCAGCCUGGUCCCUGCGACUGGCGACUCAGUUGAGACAGCAACAACUGCCCGCCGUCGUCGCUUUUUCUCUGAUCGAUCGGAGAACUGUGCGUGGGCAAGCGGAUGUUCCCUUGACUGCUCUGCUCGGCCGCGCCGUCGUUGCGCAGUGGAUCCCGGACACGCGCUCAGAGCGCGAGAACCAGGGCGGUGCAGAGCUAGAAACGCCGGACAAGAACACAGGGAAGGAGGCGCAAAACGAAGGGAGUCAGGGAACACACCAAAAGGCAACAGAGCAGGCAGAGAAGAAGGGAGAGAGACACGAGGAUGGUGGUAACGAGGGAGCAAGACGAGACGCGCGUUCCUCUGACUCUCUUCUCUCUGGAGCGUCUUCGAGACACCGGCCUUCGCAGUCGGCGCUGGCCGUCGUCGGGUCCUCACUCCACACGCCUACAAUUCUUCACGCAAUCCACGAAAAACUGGCGCCUCUCCCUGCAGAUCCAGCGGAGCGACCAGCCUCUUCGUCCCCACCAUUCGGCGUCACCCUCGUGUGCUUCUUUCGACAGAAAACUGAGACAGAGGGAAGAACGAGGGCGCGCGGACGAGACGCAGAGCGAGAGAACUCAGAAGACAGAACGAAGGGGGAUGCAGGAGAAAGAGAGGAAGCAACAGGUUCGUCGACGAGUCCGAGAGUGGAAGGCGGGGGAGGUACAGGUGAAGAAGGUCGGAGUUUCACAGGAGAAGGGGAGAGUUGGAAAGGGCGUGCAGAGCGAGGGCCGGCAAAAGAGACAGGAGCGAUCGAAGAAAGCGAGAAAGGGAAGGAUACAGGCAAGGAGAGACAGCGAGAGGAACGUUUGCUGGAGCAUAGCGAAAGAAGCGCAGCUCGGACUCUGCUAGGAAACCUCGUCGGGUACCUGCGGCUGAUCUACAGAGUUAACCCCAUCGGAGCACCCAGCAGAAAGCAAGAAAAAGAAGAAGCUCCGGAGAGUGUGACACCGCCGAGCGUUCGCCUCGAAGCUGAACUCUGUGAAACAUCCAUGGGGGUUCCUCCCAAUGCACCACUUUACCUGAGGUUCCACGAAGACUGCUGUCCACCGCUCACGCUUUAUCCUUCCUCGAGACCGAGAUUCAAUUUGGCAGGAGCCGCGAGUGUGCCCCCACAGGCGCAGGGGUUCCUCGGUCGACUCCUGGGCGUCAGCGGUGGCGAGGAAACGACGAAGACGCGGUCUCAGGGAGAAACUCAAGCAACCGGAAGUUGGAUUCUUCCCUCGGAAGCCCAGAGUCUCCUCUCCCUGAGCAACUGCAGAUGUGGACCUGGCACCAUCGUUACCCUCACCACAGAGCCGUCUGCGUCCUACUCGCUUCAUGAGGCUUCGUCGUUUUCGCCCUUCUCCUCGAACAGGUUCUUCCUGCCGCCUGCAGACACAGUGGACUCGCAGCAACGUCGCACGCUGGCGUGUUCGCUGGGCCUCAUUCCCCCGGUUCCUGGAGAGUUCGAUGCGAAAGAGAAGAUAAACACUCCCCGCUUCCCCUUCCCCUUGGUCAGUGCUGCGCCGUCCAUCUCAGCUUCUCCCUUUCUCUCCCGGUUCAUCUGCGGGAACUCUGGCCGCGCCAGCUGGCGCCAGUGGAGUGCGCGGCGGUCGGCUUCGGGUGUACGUACACAGGAGGGCCGCUGGCCGAGGCAGAGGGAAGGCUGGGAGGCGGGAAGCGGACAUGGUGGAUUCGUGUCGUCUGUGGAGGAGAGCGAAGGUGACCGACUGUCGUCUGACGAAGAGUUUGCUGACUUUGUUACGUUCGUCAAUACUCCUGGAGGAACGAGAGAAGGCCGCGACGGACUUCCUUACCACCUGAUUGUCGCCUCCAUCAUAGGUUUGAUCGGACUUGUCUGCAUUGUGUCUCCCUGUCUCAUCUCCGUCUACAACUGCUUCACCUCGAGGCGAGCCUCGAGCGUCGCGCCGCUUCCAGCGCAUCCGCGUGCAGGAAGCACUCCUUUCGACGAGUUCCCUGAGUUCCACUCCGGUGAAGAGACAGAAGAAGGCAGCGGAGCCUCCGGUGUUUCUUUUCCAGCGGGUGAACCGGAUCGCCUCAGGAAUGUGGUGGACGCAUUCGCGAAGGCGCGCGGAGAAGGGAGGGGAGACAGAGCACUGCGGCGGGAAGGAGGGAAGGGGAUCGUUGCAAACAGUAACCUUUUUUCGAGUCGCUUGACCGGAGAGGCAGACACGCUUCACUUACACGAGGCAGGAGACGCCGUUUCGCCAGCUUCGAGGGGACUGUCUGCCGGCAGCGGGAAAGGAGCGAGUUACGAGCCGUUCUUCUCCACCGCGGGAGACGACAGUGAUGAAGACGUGGGUGGCUUCAGCUGAGCGACCGCCGGGAAGCAAACACGGUUUUCAGACCCCGAUCAAGACACCAGAACAAACAAAAGGGCCUCAGAGGAAACAGAACCCAAGCUAGGAACUGAAUCUGGAACUCGUCCGGGACCGUUUGCCCCGAGUGAAGCGAACCAGAGAGAAUCUGGUGGCUCAUUCGAUGAGCGGGCAGACGUGGACGACAGAAAGGGUUGCGAAUAAAGGCGAAGAAACUGGCGUGUAGUUUCGUCGCGUUCUUCAGUAUGAUCACAGGCUAGUAGAGAGAAACGAGCACAUGGUGUUAGGGGUCGAGAGUGGGUCCCAGAACAGUUUCGCGUUUGGUGUCGGUGGAAAUAAACACGCAGAUACAUGGUGUAGCGCCGACGUGGAUGCAUGCCGAAGAAGCGUGAAUUUGUGUAGUAAUCCUGGGUGUUCGUGUGGCAAUUCUAUCCAGUCUUCACCUCUUGAGCCUAUUCUGUGCAUCGCCAUGAGAAGGCGCAGGUAUCUACGCUUUGCCGUGAUAUACGCUGCGAAUUCUUACAUUCCAUACACCGUGGAUGCCGGUUGCGUGUCAGGAAGACAGUUACAUGCACAACUGGACGGGGUACCCAUGUUCCGAAGCUCGCUGCGCACCUCUGCGACUUUCCAUCUCAGCCGAUCGGGAGAAUCGAGAGCCAGAGAGCAGGGUACACAUGCACUGAAGAUUCUUCGGAUGGGCAAUACAGAACACAUGUGAGCGCGAGCGAACUCUUGGUGUAAAGUUCAGUUUUUGCACGCGGGGGGACGAAAUAUGGUAUCGAGGCAGAACUUGAGCACAUCCAAGUCAGGAACGGGGCUUCCAACUCUCUGAAAUACAGUCUGGAACCUUUUGGAUAGUGUCCCCGAUUUGUGCGCUUCAUCAUUUCUCUGUUCGCUUUCUUCUCUCCGCCCUUGCAGCGACAAUUAAGUCGUAUAUUUGGCUGCUUUGUUGUUAUUGCAUCGAUGUUUCGCGCCGGGGGGGGAGGAGGUGGCAUAGGCGCGCCAGUGCUAUACACAGCUAAGUGAAAGCGUUCAUUCUGUUUUGACGUUUAUACUGCUUCUCCGUCGUCCUCUGAGCGCAGUGCUCUGUGGUUGCGCGGUUGGACCGUCGGAAUGUCGAGAACGCCACACAACAGGCAUCCCCAUGAUCCUUUUUCGUGCAUGUCUUGUGAACCUCCGAAAGAUCGACAACUCACACCCUGACCCCCUUACGGAGGAAGGAUAACGACAACCUGUAAAACCGCAAGUACAAAACUUUCGCUUAAAGGCAACACCCCGAUGCUCACUCAUAUUGCACGCCAAUGACCCGAAAUCUCAGGCCGAACCAAUGUAGUGAUCUCGUCUCCCUGACGUGACGAGCGAGCCUUCCUUCACACCACCCUUUGUGGGCGUCCUCGUUGAACAGAUGACCGAACUGCAAAGCAUAACCUACGCAUAUUCCGACGCGAGAUGUCAUCCCAUGUCUGUUUUGGAUCCCGCAUCGCUUCGCGUAUCGGUGUCCGGUUGAGCCGGUAACGGGUCGUCACUAUCGCAAUAAAGACACAAACACAGUUUAGGAAUUUCCGAAGAGUAACAUCACGCGGACACCAAGCAAAUCACGACGCAACACACAUAGAGAGACUAGCGUCGGACAAAGAGAAGCACUCAGAUAGAAUAAACCGCCUGCUCAGCUGAUGGUCUACCAAACCACCGAGUUCUUGCGACCCUCACCGCUCCGCGACCAGACCACCUUCAGACAGUCACCCAUCUCUCGUGCUACGCGGCUGCGACUCCGGAAUAUGUGCCCAGCACGUGAGAUAUCCACGGUUUCCGUUGUCCGCGAGGACGCAAGUGCCUCUUUGUGGGAUCGGAUGUGGACCACUACCAGUGCACGUGAAACAAGCUGGCUAUUUCGCAUCGUAUUUCGUGAAUUGACGCUGUUUCCUGUGCUGGCCUCAGCCCAGUGACGACCCACGACAGCGCCAUCCGCAGUCCGAGAAGGGAGAGGAAGAUUAUCGAUGAUCCAUAACUGCGUGAAUCAAAUCAAAUUCCUACUCAGAUGACAGUGUGAUAAACUAUCCCGCACGGGGAGUAGUCAUGUGUGAGACACCGGUUCGAAUCGCCACUUCAUAUCGUACCUGAAUGGUAGUUUCUACCCUGUUAUUCGGUGUUAAAAGUAUAUUCCAUCCACAACCGGGGGUUGUUAGUAUUUACCACCCGAGAGACAAAAGCCAGACUGGCGCUCGCGCAGAACAACUUGACGCACUGCUGGCCGGUGACGGCAGCCGACAGUAACCAUGCCUACUGGUGGUGGAAGCGUUCGCCAAGUCAUGUGCUCUUGUGCAGGUCGUGCACUGAAUGUGGUCACCGUUGCCGCAGCAGACGAACGACAUCUGAGAGGUUACGCAGAGCCGAUCGGCUGAGCAGAUGGUUCGUCUCUAUUAAUAAUGUGCUUUUAUUUUGACUCGAUCAUCCGUCUGUGUGCGGCCGUGGUCCCGGACGUUCUGCUGUCGCCAGGUGCACAUAUACGCCCCCCAUGAUUUUAGCCCAUGAUAUGGACAACUCACUUGAUCUCUAUGUGCGCCGUAAUUGAGCAUACGUUUUUCGUCGCACACUUGUUGAGUACACCUCAACAGAGACAAGGGGAAUACCCCCUCCUGUCCAAUGAAUGCGCGCUGUUUUUUUCGGUUGUGUGUCAUGGCGGCAUUCGGACACAUGUUUUUGACAGACGAAAGUUGAAAUGGCGUGGCUGUUGGUGAGGCUGUCGUCAAUCAGGUAACGUCAUGAAGCAUGCAGGAGUGUGUAAACGUUGUUGAGUUGCUCGAUGAUGUACGCUGACGCUUUUACGAGGAGUGACGCAUGACUGCUGUACAAGGCACAGUGCCACAACACUGCGGCCGUAUAUUAUGUACUUGCGGUAGUACUAUCAAGCUGGCGUCGCUGGGGGGACUCGUUUGUCUGCCCGGCAAACGGGCUGCGCGAGUGCAACAUUUCCGAGGCGUCGAGGCAUCAGUGCUGCAACACUGCGAAAGACUCAGCAACGGCAUCACGCGGUGUUUGUUGGUGCCUCUGUGAAUCUGAUAUUGUUGAGACGCGACUGUGUCAAGGGGCUCGUGGACGAAGGCGAUUGCUGCGGCCCUCUCGCUCCCGCCGGUCCGUGGUCUUGAUCGGGGAAGCGAGAGUGGAAUAUCGUUAUUUGUGCCGUUAUGGCGCCCGCCGUAGUUAGUAGCGUCGGGUCCGAAUACGAUGUGAGAGAGCACAAGAUGCUGCUCUUGCCAGCGAGAUCUGCUGGACGGAACCGCGUCUCUGUCACUCGCUGGAUAUGCUGUGUUCCCCUCGUACUGGCUGCUUGUUUGCUCUUGGCAUCGCUGCGCGACGAAAUAUGUUCGGGACCGUCAGCGCAGUCUGGUGCAUUGCUUCGUGACUGGACAACUGGUGUGCAGAAGGCGCCGGCCGUUCUCUGUAUAGAGGCGGCGCCUCUGACACGUGCGCCAGCAGUGGGAGAUGGCCGUGUACAGGAGGACUCUGGUGACCCUCCUUCGGAGUCUGCCGAAGUGGUGGCAGUGAGUGAAGACGAAGAUGCUUCACCGCGUAGCGAGCUAGAAGCACUGCGUACAACAUCGGAGCUUGUCCGGGGUUUGUCUGAUUACUCAGCCAUUCGUCGCGUGGGCCAUGUAUUGUUGGCUCUGUCAAUGCUUUUUCAGUGCAUGUCUAGGCCUCGAACGGAUAUCUGGCGUUCACCGCAGCCCAUGCCUGGCAGCGCUGUGCCGUUUGUAGCUUGGGGAGUGUUUUAUGCAGGACUUGAGGUGUGGAGAGUAUGGGAGACGUUGAGGUUGUCCCGGGACCUUGCUCAGGCAAAGCGCGCUAUAACACUGCGGAGGGGAGACAUCUCAGAGCGACGCCGAAAGCGGAAACAACUCGAGGCGUCUGCCGUGGAGGCGGCAGCCACGUUCAUUACGUAUGAUUAUCUGUUCUGAGUAAUAAAACGU